UGUUCUGUUGUUUGUUCUAUUUGUUGUUGUAUGUUUUAUUCUUAUAUUUAGUGGUUAGUUUGUGACUGGUUUGUUUUUAUCAUAUUUUUACAUUUUUAUCUCAUUUCUAAUUUUUUGUUUGUGUAUUUUCAUUUAUUUUUUGUGUAGUUACUCAGUAUUAGUAUUACUAGUAAGGUUAGUGAAGUUAGUAUUGCUGGUAGAGUUAAGUUAGCACUGCUAGUAUUUAGUGAGCUUAGUGAAUACUUUUUGAGUACUAUUAAAAUUAGAUUAAUAGUACAUUUGUUAAUAUCGUAGGAGAGUUAGUUGUUAGCAAGGUAGCAAGGGCUGUGAGCACAGUCAGGGCUGUGAGUGUAGUCAGCACAGUCCAAAUCCAUACUCGCUAUGCUUGAGCGUCGCACUUCCCAGGGACGUCCAGUAAAAUCCUACCUGGCGCUCGGGACGCUGCGGGAGGCACCCACGCCAAGGUGAGGCUGGCGCUGCUUGCGAUCACGGGCACGGAGGUGGCCAUCAAAACCAUCCCGAAGGCCAAGCUGCACGACCUCCGGCUCCUGGCUCAUGAGGUGGGGUGACUGCAGGCGCUUCACCACCCGAACACCAUCGAGCUAUUAUUCCAGGUGGUGGACACCAGGGAGGAGCUGCAGCUCGUGAUGAAGUACGGAGAGGGGCGACCUGCAGGCCUACCUGAGCUAGCGGGAGCGCCUCCCUGAGAGCGAGGCCUGCCAGAUAUUUAGGCAGAUCCUCUCGGCCCUCAGCUACUGCCAUGCCCAAGGCAUCGCCCACCGGAAUGCGAAGCCGGAGAACAUUCUGCUGGACCGAGAGCAGCACAUAAAGCUGGUGGGCUUCGGGCUCAGCAUGCGGUGCUUCAACGACACACUGAACAGGGCCCCGGAGCUCUCGCUCCACCAGUGGUACAUCGGCCCCAGGGUGGACGUGUGGUGCCUGGGCGUCAUGCUCGACCAGAUGGUCACCGGGACACUGCCCUUCAGGGGGACCAGCGUCGCGGAGAUCAGGCAGCACGUCCUGGGCGGGCUCCUGUACCCGCCCUUCUACCUCUCGGUCCAGUGCCGUGACCUGCUCAGCAAAAUGCUGGCACUGGACCCCCAGAGACGCAGCACUCUAGAGACCCUCAAGCAGCACCCCUGGGUGGAAAUGAGCAAGGGACUCCUGCCCUUCAGCGAGCCAUCCCUCAGCCACCAGGAUCGCAGAAGGAGACAGUCAGAAAUGGAUUGUUCUGUUAACAUGGCUAUCCCAUGA